GUAGUAACAGGCACUCAGGUAACCAUGGCGACGUAUUCUGUGUGUUAGCUUAGCGCUACAGCAGCUCAGUUAGCAGCUUAUCCCAAAGUUGUUUUUUAUCCAGUGUGAAAACGCUUUGGGGGUUAUGUAACCAACCAAACUAUUUCAUCUGGGUGCACACCUUCAAAUAUUUUUCUUCCGCCGUUGACCCUCACGUCACGUAAAAUGUUCAGGAAUAACUAUCAGGGUGGAGCUGUGGUCGAGAUCUUCAGUGGACAGGGCAAAGACCCUGUAGCAAAGUGGAAACUCAGUGGAGGACCGUCAGCCAUACAUAAGGAGUAUAACAAAGAAGUGAAAGGAUUUGUUUACUGUAUGGAGGGGAGCAGCCAGACAGUCAAGAUGCAGCUGCCAGAGAAUGGGAAAAUGUCUCUCGGGCUUCUUCAAAGAUUCUUAGUCCUUCAAGUGAAUAUUCCUCAGAGCAAAGAUUUUUCCAUUGAGCUUGCGAUAACUGAUUUAGAGCACCUGAAAAGAAGACUUCACUUAUCAACAGUGCAUAAAGAAUUGUCUGCCACUCUUUUGCAUGCAAAAAUACCAUUUGUGGGAUUGAAACGCAAUAUUUGGUCUACUUUGUGCAUCGACCUUGUAUCAUUCACCGAUGAAUUAUUCAAGGGAUUUUUGACACUGGACGUCAUCACGUUGUUCGCUACCUGUAAAGUUCGCAGAAUCUUCACCAUGAAAACAGAGCCUACGGGAAUGUCACAUGAUGAUAUGUUCCUUAGUGGAGCCGGUCUGGUGGACUUGAUCCCUCGCAGUUGCCAGUUCCCACCAGAUGUCAGCCAUGUCACUCAGGUGUUGAACAUGGAGAAUAUGCAGAAAGCAGACAUGAGGGCUGGUCUGUUGAGCUCUGACUGUGCUCCUGAUCCAUCUCCCACUGCCAGAUCAACCAGUUAUCGAAGAACCAAGCCCCAGGGUGUUUUACACACGUUAUCAGGCUCCAGGGUUCCAGGGCCACCUCCUCUACCUGGAAGAAAAAGCACUGCAGCCUCAGACAGAACGGAUAAAAGUGUUCACUUUAUCUCAAAUACGGCAUCAUCGUUCAGUGAAAUGAACCCAAAUGUUACUGCAGAAAGUCAGAGCAUUGCCAACCUGAGUGAGGACUUAUCACACGGAGAACCUUCCCAUAUUCUUCUUGAGGGAACACCUGGUACUUUGCAGCAGCCCCAUCUCGCAGAAGACUCUUUGUUUGACAAGCUGAGAUCUAAGAAACUACGGGUCUAUGGUGCUACAAGAGAGAGGCUAGCAUCGUCAGCCCCUUUAGAUAUGGUCCCUGUCGGAAACAGAAAGAGAAGUCAAACCAGAGAGAAGUGCACUCCCCCAUCCAGUAGGCAAGAGAGCAAGCAACAACCUUUUACCCUAACAGAAAGGACACAGCACCUAACAGCAGAUGAACGUAGCUGCAGUCCUGCCAGUGAAAGUUCAGGAACUUCUCCCACAACAGCAGUCUCUCUCUCUGGCUCGAACUGGCCGGGUUUGUCUUGUGACCUGCAGGUCUGCAGCAGCUGGGAGAGUAAUGAGGGGUCCGAGCCCCAGCUCACUCUGCAAGAGGAGGUGUUCACUUUCCUAUCUCAGCCACAUUCACCCAAACGAGGGCAAAGCCAGGGUGACCAGGAGAAGAUGGAGAUGGGAAAUUAUCAGGUUCACGCUAAAAGUGAAAGGCGGUAUGAGGCCCAGCCUGAAGAUGACUUUAUCGGCAGUGAAAGUGAUGAGGAUAAGGGUUACGCCACAUUCCAGCAUCAGAGAACUAGCGCUGAUUCCAGCCCUGCUACUCACAGAUCUCCCAUUCCAAGUUUGGACAUCACACAACUUGACAUCCAUCCUGACUCUCAUGAACAAACAGCACCAAAAGAGCUCAGUCCAGCAACCACCAGUUUGCAGUCUCCAUCCAGCGGGAGAGCCGAGCCAGCUGGGAUCGUCCCCACACGCUGCCGCUCACCCAGUGCGACAUCCAGCAGACAGGAACACAAGAGUGGCCGACGUGGAUUGCAGGUUGUGAACCAGGUUGUGAAAAGAAACAGCAGUGUAUCACUUUCUAGGAGGCUUCUACAAGAAGUCAAACUGGAUGACUGCACACAGCACAAGGAAGAAGAAACCAACCCACUGAAGCCUGUUGAUUCCAGCGGUUACAACUCACGCCUGCUUAGCAGUCUACAAAUGCACGGGGAUGAUGAUGAGGAGCUUCAGAUGCUGGCAAGUCUAAAAAGGGAGCAGGAGGAAGAUGAAUGUAGAGCCUCAGGCCUCAGUGCAUCUCAGAUCCACCAGUGCAACGUCAGCAUCAGCAUGAGCAGUGAUGACACCUCUACCUGGACCCAAAUUUCCAUGCCAUGUAAUCAAGGUCACCACUAUCAGAAGGAAAUGAACCCCCUCCUGCAAUCAAACCCAAGAGAGUGGAUGGAUGUACUCAGCCCUCCCAUUAUGCCUCCUAGCCAGCAGAGAAGGUCAGGCAUCUCUUGGAGUAAUCGGGAAAAUCUAAUCGGAGGAGGCGACGAAUCGGUGAAUGAAGAGGGGAACGAGGACGAAUAUUUGAAUCUGCUCUAUGAUCCUUGCCUGAACUGCUAUUUCGAUCCAAAGACAGGGAAGUACUACGAACUAGCUUGACUCAAAAUGUUCAAGAGUCCAAAUUGACAGCGGAUGAAAGACUUGAGGAUAUUUUUUUUUAGGCCUAGCUUAUUGAUCAGUAAUGAAUACCACAUUCACAAGAAACCCUUCCACAUUGCUGCUUUUGUUUAACAGGAGCUUUGUGUCAUGUUAGGGUAUAAAGGAUUGAGACUCAAUAAAUCAGAUACAUGCUUUUAGUAAGAAAUUGAGUUGGUGUCUAUUCAGUAGAACAUCUGAUGGAAUCUUUUCAUAAGUCUUGGCUAGCAAACUAACAUGCCAGCCUUUUGAAAGAACAUCCUGUAGCUUCUUUUUUACGUCGAACAUUUGACUCUGCCUGGAUUAGUAAUACAGUAUAGGUCAUUUUGUUCUUCGUCAUUGAAAAUAUGUUAAUGUGUGUGUAUAUGUUGUUUGAAUUAAA